AUGGGCCGUGUUCGUACUAAGACUGUCAAGAAGGCUUCCCGCCGAAUCAUAGAAAAGUACUACAUGAUGCUCAACUUGGAUUUCCACACCAACAAGCGAGUCAUCGAGGAGAUCGCCAUCAUCCCCACCAAGCGACUCCGAAACCAGAUCGCCGGAUUCAUCACUCACUUGAUGAAGCGAAUCCGAGCCGGUCCCGUUCGAGGCAUCUCCAUCAAGCUCCAGGAGGAAGAGCGAGAACGACGAGACAACUACGUCCCAGAGGUCUCUGCCCUCUCCGACUCCAACCUUUUGGACGUCGAUCCAGCCACCAGCGCUAUGGUCAAGGCUCUCGAUGUCGAAAACAAGGAAGCCCUCGUCGACGCCCUCAAGUGCACCGAGUCCCGAGCAUAA